AUGAUUGCGGAGUGCCAAGGAGGAGGAGGGGACUUCCUCAUCAAGCUCUUCGGGAAGACCAUCCCCGUGCCGGAGUCCGGCGACGCCAAGGAUCUUCAGCAGAGCAGCAGCAGCAGCAGCUCGACUGAACAGGAUCAGGAUGCCCAUGCCCUGGACCUGGAGAACGGGCACGCGCACGCGCACCCGGACUCCUCCGAACCGUCCCCGCAGCCGGAGGUCGUCGACGCCGAGGACCCCAAGAGCUCACCGGAGACGCAUCAGAAGCCCGGCAAGUGCAGCGGCGAUGCUGCCAGCCAGAGCGAGAAGCUGAAGAAGCCCGACAAGGUGCUGCCGUGCCCGCGCUGCAACAGCAUGGACACCAAGUUCUGCUACUUCAACAACUACAACGUCAACCAGCCGCGCCACUUCUGCAAGAACUGCCAGCGGUACUGGACCGCCGGCGGCGCCAUGCGCAACGUGCCCGUGGGGGCCGGACGCCGCAAGAACAAGAACGCCGUCGCCGCCGCCUCGCACUUCCUCCACAGGGUCCGGGCCUGCGGCGGCGGCGACACGCUCAAGACGACCAACGGCACGGUGCUCAGCUUCGGCCAUGGCGGCGCGCCUCCUGGUCCUGCAUGCUUGGACCUCGCCGAGCAGCUCAGCCACCUGGCCCCGGUCAUCAGGAACGCCGGCAACCCGGGUCCUUGCAGCGAAGGAUCGACCAACAAGGACGACAACAAGACCAUCAACGACAGGUCUUCUGUAGACGAAGCUGCAGUACUAAACGCAGACGACGGAUCAGUGCAGCACCAGCACCCAGCAAACAUGAACGGCGUGUGGCCGCCGUAUAGCUGCGCCCCAUCUCCGGCGGCGUAUUUCUCCUCGGGCAUCGCGAUCCCGAUAUACCCGGCCGCGCCGGGUUACUGGGGCUGCAUGGUUCCGGGAGCUUGGAGCCUGCCAUGGCCGGUGCAACAGCCCCCGUCGCAGUCGCAGGGACCGGCGGGCCUCUCGUCGUCGUCGCCCACCACCGCCAGUGCUCCUUCGGUCUCAUCAUCCGGGGCAGCUGACUCCCACACGCUGGGGCUGGGCAAGCACCCCCGGGACCGGGACGGUGACGAUGGAAGAAACGGCAAUGCCCAUGGCGGCAACGCCAAGGUGUGGGCUCCCAAGACCAUCCGGAUAGACGACGUGGACGAGGUGGCCAGGAGCUCGAUCUGGUCCCUCAUCGGGAUCAGAACCGACAAGAAGCAGCAGGACGCAGAUGCCGCUGGUGGGCACAAGCAGCUUGGGACGGUGUUCGAGCCCAAGCUCGAGGCCACCAAGAAGCAGGCCAUGAUGACAAGGUCGCCGCUCCUGCACGCGAAUCCCGUCGCGCUCACGCGCUCGGUGGCAUUCCAGGAGGGCUCUUGA